AUGGGCGGCCUCCGAAUGAGCGUCGUCUUCUGUGCGACCUCCUUUCUCCUCGGCCUUCUCUUCACCCACUGGACCGCCGACUCGCUCACGCUCUGGAAGUCGCCCGACACACAGACGGAUGCACAUCUCUGGGCGGCGGCGGCGUACUACGCCGUGCUGGCACGCAUGCCGGCGUCGCUGGCCUACAUGUACGCUGGCGUAGCGGGGGUCGGCGCACUCACAAUUUUAUGGAGCCUGCGUGACGGACGCGCGGGGAAUCUGAUGUUUGACGGGGGAAGCAUCUUUCUGUACGGGGCGGGAAUAUAUGUCUAUGCUCAUGACGUCCUACCAAAUCUCUCCACGAACUUCACGUACCUCUCCUUCCCCUCCCAAUCCCCUUCAGCCUCCCUGUCCUCAACAACCCUGCCGCCAUUCCCAGCCUAUCUCCGCGGGCCCACACUCCAGCUCGCGUCCUCGCACCUCGUGUGCAGCGUCAUGCUCACGGGUGUGAUCCUGCUGCAGGCAGGGCGGUGGUGGGCGGAGCAGGCGGACGAGGAC